AUGUUUCCACCAAAAAGCGAUCCGGACUACGAAGAGCGAUCAGAGCUUGUUUCAAAUAUCCAAGAUAAGUGGGAUCCCAGGACAGAAUGUAGCAGGGUCAUCCCUAAGUCCAUGCGGUACGAUGGCUCCAUCAGUACCUGGCCUCUACCAGUCCUACGAGGCAUAAGUGCCCUUGCUAGUGAUAUGCCGGGCGAUGACGCGUGGAAUGAAGUUUACGAUCUACUGGAAGAAGGACAGAAGAAGAGAGUGAAAGACAAGUCAAACAGUCUGCCAGCACAGAUACAGCUAAGCGAUCUAGAGUAUGUCCGACAGCACCAUGGUGGGGAUGAGCCGAUUGAACGGGGAAAAGGAAAGGGAAAGUUGGUUGAUAAGGAUGAGAACGUGGAUGAUAUAGGAUUGAUUGCCAGAGACAACGAAAGUCUCGUCAGCCAAUCUGGCAACUUUACCAGUAGCGUCGGCAUCACAACAGCAGAUAAAGAAAGUUCACAGUAUAAGCAAGGUGGCAUCACCGCAUCAGAGCACGGCAACGAAACACAUCCUCUUCCACCACCGAUUCUUCCCGACGACACGGAAGCCGUUAGAUUCCAGAAGUGGAAUCUCUGGAUCCAACACUAUUGGAAUGUGGAUGACUGCAAGGACCUCAUUCCUGACGACAUGUUUGAAAGAGCUCCAAAUAAAAAACCAAAGCGUGGCGGUAGGUUAGAGAACUUCAGAGGUUCGUAUAAAGGUGAGCUUCUAGAGCAACUUUACCAGUUGGCUCGAAUCACGGGAUCUUUGCAAAGAGAUGAGGCGUGGGCGAAGAUUCGGGAGAAGUGGAAUGCGAGAUCUGCGGGAAAGAACGGUAAUAAGGCUAUGACAGUCGGAGAUGUGAAGUAUGCGAUCGAGUUUUUCCGCAGCCAGGAUGCAAGUAUAAGAGAGCCGUUUGCUGCUGCUCAAGAAGCGAUAGCUAUCGCUGUACCACAAAGCGACGAGACGCACUCUCAGGACAAAUCAGAAAGAGAGGCAAGUAAAGGAGACAAAGAGCAUGGAGAUGUGAGAGGAGCCGUGCAGGAAGAACAGCAUGUUGAAGAGAAGAGAUAA